GUUAAACAGAGUUGUUUAUUUGGAUAAUAGCUGAAAAGUCAGAACGACUUUGUCUUAAACCGCGGUGACAAUAAUGAAUGUUGGCGCUGCAUAGGAUCGGAAGUGAGGCUGCGCUAACCAGCCAGUGCACCGGAGGGGUUGUCUGUCAGAGGUGUUAGCCUUGUGUCGGCUAGCUGAGGAUGCCAGCGCCGAUCAGACUGCGGGAGCUGAUCCGGACCAUCCGGACGGCUCGGACCCAGGCAGAGGAGCGCGAGAUGAUCCAGAAAGAGUGUGCUGCCAUACGCUCAUCCUUCAGAGAGGAAGACAACACUUACCGCUGUAGAAAUGUGGCUAAGCUACUCUAUAUGCACAUGCUGGGCUACCCAGCACACUUUGGGCAGCUGGAGUGCCUGAAGUUGAUUGCAUCCCAGAAGUUCACUGACAAGCGGAUAGGGUACUUGGGAGCCAUGCUACUGUUGGACGAGAGGCAGGACGUCCAUCUACUAAUGACAAACUGCAUCAAGAAUGAUCUGAAUCACAGCACACAGUAUGUCCAGGGCCUGGCCUUGUGCACCCUGGGCUGCAUGGGCUCCUCAGAGAUGUGUCGAGACCUGGCUGGAGAGGUGGAGAAGCUGCUCAAAACAUCCAACUCCUACCUGAGGAAAAAGGCAGCGUUGUGUGCAGUCCACGUCAUCAGGAAGGUCCCAGAGCUGAUGGAGAUGUUCCUCCCAGCCACAAAAAACCUGCUGAGCGAGAAGAACCACGGUGUUCUCCACACUUCUGUUGUCCUCCUCACUGAAAUGUGUGAAAGAAGUCCUGACAUGCUCUUACACUUCAGAAAGAAUGAGAAGUUGGUUCCACAGCUGGUGAGAAUCCUGAAGAACCUGAUCAUGUCUGGAUACUCUCCUGAGCACGACGUGUCUGGCAUCAGUGACCCCUUCUUGCAGGUGCGGAUAUUGAGACUAUUGCGAAUUCUGGGCAGGAGUGAUGAUGACUCAAGUGAAGCAAUGAAUGACAUUCUUGCACAGGUGGCAACCAACACCGAGACCAGUAAAAAUGUAGGCAAUGCAAUCCUCUACGAGACAGUACUGACCAUAAUGGACAUCAAAUCAGAAAGUGGAUUGAGGGUGUUGGCCAUCAACAUACUGGGACGCUUCCUUCUCAACAAUGACAAAAAUAUUAGAUAUGUGGCACUCACGUCCCUACUGAAGACGGUACAGACGGACCACAAUGCAGUGCAGAGGCAUCGGAGCACCAUUGUGGACUGUCUAAAAGACCUGGAUGUGUCCAUCAAGAGGCGUGCGAUGGAGCUGAGUUUCGCCCUGGUGAAUGGGAACAACAUCCGAGGCAUGAUGAAGGAGCUGCUCUACUUCCUGGACUCCUGUGACCCAGAAUUCAAAGCGGACUGUGCGUCUGGAGUCUUCCUGGCUGCAGAGAAGUAUGCGCCUUCAAAAAGAUGGCACAUUGACACCAUCAUGCGAGUCUUGACAACGGCGGGGAGCUAUGUCCGAGACGACUCUGUCCCCAACCUCAUCCAGCUCAUCACCAACAGUGUGGAGAUGCAUGCCUACACGGUGCAGAGACUCUACAAAGCCCUGCUGGAUGACAUCUCACAGCAACCUCUGGUCCAGGUGUCAUCCUGGUGUAUAGGGGAGUAUGGAGACCUGCUGGUAUCUGGACAGUGUGAGGAGGAGGAGCCCAUCCAGGUGACAGAGGAUGAAGUCCUGGAUGUUUUAGAAGGUCUUCUUGUGUCUAACUUGUCCACCCCUGUAACCCGGGGUUACUCCCUCACUGCCAUCAUGAAGCUGUCUACUCGCUUCAGCAGUGUCAACCGAAUCAAGAAGGUGGUGUCAAUAUACGGCAGCAGCAUCGACGUGGAGCUGCAACAGAGAGCUGUGGAGUACAAUGCACUUUUCAAGAAAUAUGAUCACAUGAGGCCUGCCUUACUAGAGCGAAUGCCCAUCAUGGAGAAAACCGCCUCCAAUGGCCCUACAGAGAUUGUGCAGACCAAUGGGGAGACAGAGCCCUCGGUGCCUGACACAAAACACCCGCCCCUAGUCACCCAGCCAGCAAACCAGGCUAAUGACUUGUUAGACCUGCUGGGAGGUAAUGAUGUGGUGACUGUGAUCCAGACCACCCUGCCCACCAAGCCUGCCUCGGCUGGAGGAGAGCUGCUCGACCUGCUGGGGGACCUCUCACUGUCUGGUGGUCCAGCUCCUGCCCCCUCUGUGCCCAUCUCCCAGCCCCCCUUCCUCCUGGAUGGCCUCUCCUCACAGCCCCUGUUUAAUGAUAUUUCAGCAGCUAUUCCCCCCAUGACAGCGUAUAGCAAGAAUGGCCUGAAAAUAGAGUUCACCUUUGAGAGGGCCAACCCGAACCCGAACAUAGCAGUCAUCACUAUCCACGCCACCAACACCACAGAGGCUGACAUGACAGAGUUUGUUUUCCAGGCUGCAGUACCAAAGACAUUCCAGCUGCAGCUCUUGUCCCCUAGCAGUAAUAUUGUCCCAGCGCUCAACCAGGGAAGCGUCACACAGGUCAUCAGAGUUCUCAACCCACAGAAGCAACCACUGCGCAUGAGGGUCAAGCUGACGUACACCCACAUCGGCUCACCUGUCCAAGACCUGGCCGAGGUCAACAACUUCCCUCCUCAGUCCUGGCAAUGAUGACCGUGCCCCCUCGCUCUUAAAGACACCGCCAAGGGAACUAUGGGAAAGACUCUCCUCUCCCCUCCCUUACCCCGACUGAUCCCCCUGUGACAUCACUGCAGACUGCUGCCCUGGGGUUGCAUGGGAAGCAGCGGAAUUUCUAACACACACAAAAAGAUGGUAUGAAGACCAUGAUGACGACAACGGCAACAACGACGGCAAUGACGAUAGACAUCACCAGAAAUAUGUGAAAACAUAUCCAUUUACUAACCCUUCUUUUCCUUGAUUGGUUUCACCUCAAUCUGUCUGCUUUGCAGUUGCCACUAUUUCCAUCUCCUCACCCCCUCAAUGCACGUAUGCCCACAUUGCACUCGCUGUGGUACGCCCCUACCCUCUAAGCUGCCGCCGUCGUAGAAAAGAGCUGUUGGCUAUGAGCACUUGUUAAAUCCAUCUGUUUUUCUUUUGUUUCAUGUUUAAUCUUAGUUAUUUAACAUGGGUAGGUUUUUUAAACCUAUUUUCAAGCUUGAAUGAGAUGCAACUUAACUCUAUGAAAUUUGCACACUGUCCAGUCACCACUUUCCCAAUUGGGUUUGGAAACUUAGAGUACUGUGGCUCUCAGUAAUGAAUCUAGUUUGGUCUCCAAAGUGACUAUAACUCAUUCUGUUAUAAAGAUCUCCAGCUCUAUGCUUCAAAUGCAAGGUCUUCGGUUGCAGUACAAAGGUUAAUCUUUCGUGGACAGAUUCUGCGUGUAAACCGAAGAAUCUGUCACGACGGGAUGGAAUGCGUAGGAUCAGUUUUCGUCACUGAUUAUUUGGAGGUGUCAGGAUUGGCCGAAGGUGGUGCUUAAACUUCGACUGCUUCACUCAUGUGGGGAAAUUAGUGGAAGUGGUGGGUGGGGGGCUUUGGAUAAGAGUUUCCUUUUGCAAGGGUGGAGACGUCGCAAACCGGAACUCCCAAUUUCUAACACGUAUGGACCCACAACGACAUCACGCAGCUCACUAAAUUACGCAAUAUUUUAGUUCUGGGUUAACCGAGAUUAUACAAACAUUCACAUUAUGACUUUUUCCAGUUGUACCGGGCCUGCUCUUUUACAUCCAUUAACUUUGGCAGCAGAAAAGGUUUUAAAGACCCAGAGCACUUCAUUUGACCCUCCAUCUCAUGAGUGAUUUUAAAAGGCAAGAGAUAUGUUGAGUCGUUUUGAAGUCAGUUUGAGAGUUGUUUGAAUCCCAUUCACCUUGGUUGGCCAGAGAGGCCUCUCAGCAGGAUUGAGAUAUAGUAAAUGGAUAAAGUGCAUAUUUCGAAGGAUGGAGUUUAUUUGUUUGUCAUGGGCUGGUAAACACACAGUAUGGUUCCAUGUUCAUUAGUUUGGUCAGCAGUUUGGUAGCCAUAGUACAGCGCUAUCUUGUAAACGUUUAUUCAUGCCAUCUUGUUAAAUUCCACUGUUAAUUGCUUAGAUCAAGCUGAGGUUAUUGAAGCAAUAUGGAUAUUGUAUAUCAGUGCAGGUCUGAGACACAUCUUAGUUAUAGGCAAAUCCUUAAACAGAGAUUCAUUGAAUAUAUGAACUUUGGAAGUAUUCAAUCUUCCAUGCAUCUGAACAAACAGCCUGAAAUGUAAUAUUCACAGCUUUGGGACGACAAAACGUAUGUCCCUUUUUAGACAAUUAACCUGGCUGGACAUAGCCAGCCUAGAGACAUCGUGGACGUACAUGUAAAUUAAGUCUAUUUGGAAUGUAGUUAUAUGCACUGAAUGCGUUUUCUUUUCAGUCUUUUUCUGUGGCUCUCCUCUUCUUUGAGGGCGCUGGCCAUUUUGUUGGCACUAUUUUUGUGGUUGUAUGAUUUGUUUUUUGCAGUGAUUUGACUUAAACAUUAUUGCCUGAUAUCAAAAUGAUGUGCCUUUUGACAUAACUAGAUGAAGUCCCUAAACUGGUCUCAUCUGAUCUGUGUGAGGAGGGUUUGUGUGUCAGGGAGUGCUUAUUGUGGGUUAUAUCCUGCCUAAAGAGCAGGCAAGACAGACAGGCUGGAUGAAGGAAGGAGUCGAAAGAAGAAAGUGACCUUUUAUUUUUAGAGACAUCUCACUCUCUGAGUUUCUAGCAUUUAGAGUGGAAAUGAUGUAGUCGGAUAUCAGUGUAGCUUGCUGUGUGGUGACUGUUGGUGUGAUUCUUUGGCUGUCAUACUUCUCCAGAUCAGGUUCCCGACCAAGCUGUCAGAAACAUUAACCUGAAUACCUCAAUGUUUUCUCUUCCUGUUAACUAUCAACAGUACAGUACCUGGAUAGCUGUAUUCAGUCUUGUGUAUGAUCUUCAAUCAAGUGGGCACCUGUAAGACAUCUCAUUACUAACAAGCUUAGCUGCCCCAUGAUGCUGUAUGUGUUCAGACCUUCAGAUGUUCAAUAUACUUCCUGAUAUUCACUAUGCUACACUAUCAAACUGUUGUGACCAAAUCGGAGAUGCUAUUAGCUUUGGGAAUAAGCUUUGGAAAUAUUUUUGAGCAAUGAUAUGUGUAUAUGGAGAAAAUUAUUUCAUUCUGUUAACUUUUUUUUAAAACUAAAUGCUAUAUUUGCUUUUUCUGUACAUAUUGAGGGCUUUUAUGAUUCGUCAAUUGUCCUAUCUUUCUUCCCUUUUUUUAGAUACCAACCAUUUUCUAAGACUUCCAAUUACUCACAGUGUAUAUUGUCUGAAUAGAUCUUAGUCAACAUUAUGGUCUAAAGAAAAGACUUCCCUAUUUCAUCAGUCAUCGCAAAAGAUGUAUAAUCGGCUGCCUGUACAUUGUAUAUAAUUGUAAAACGAAACAAACAAAAGAUGAUCAAAUGAAAUAAAAACCCAUUUGAAGACUUCUAUAGAUUAGCUAGGGUCUAUAAUUGUAUACAUAUAUGUAAAAAAAGAAUCAUCUUGAAACGAUGCAAAUGAGCUGCAUUCUCUUCAUAUUCUUCAAGAUUGGAUGUAUCAUCUUUUUUUCUUCUUUUUGCUGAUUUAGUGGGUGAGUAGGCUGCUAUUGGUUUCUUAUAGAUGUCGACUUAAGGUUUGGUUGGGCAGAACUGGUGUUGUCUGUGAGUGAUGUACUGUACGACUGAGAGGUCUGUGAGCUGAGCACGGUGACCGAGGUGGCACCUUGUCUGUAUUCGUGGUCCUCAGAAAGGCCUAAUCUGUUUUCAAAUGCUCCUUAAGAGGAGUAUGCCUCUUGCUAAGACGCUGUAACACCUCCCUUGGCCUGUAAUGUGCUUUGUUUUUUUCUCUCCCCAGCAAAAGUAAUUGGAUAUAAUUAAUGCUGUCAGACAUGCAAGCUAAUUAAUGGACGGAUGACCUACCUACAUUGCACAUGGUCCUUCUAAGAGAGCGAUUCUCAUUGUUGGCCCCCUUUUUAAGUCUCGUAUUGGCAGGUCUCUGUGUUGUUUUUCUCCGGUCCUAUAGAUCCUCUCCCCAUUCAUCUGGCAUCUCACCUCCCCACGUUAAUUGUAUUGGAUUUCAGAGACAUGAGAAUGGGCCCCGAGUUUCUCUGAAGUGUUGAGUGAGGUCGUUUUUUUACCCUUGUGAUGCUGUUGCACAUACCUUUUAUUGUAAGGUGGGGAGUGAAUAUCCUGAGUAUUAUCAGGCUAUGAGAGGUUUCAUCUGUGUGUGGUAUAUGAUUCAUUAAGUAGUAAGGGCUUGUCCUCUCUUGGGGUUGACAGAUACAAGGUGCUCUUGGCUGCCUGUCAUCAUCCACUCUAUUACUGGGUCUGUUCAUCGCUCCUGGUGACUGUCUUACGGACUGGUUUGUACGGCUCAUAGAGAGCAGAGAAUAGGCCUGGUUCUGUUACAGGGAACUGGGCAGCGGGGCAGUUGAAGUUCAGGCUCUCUAAGAUGAAAUAUGAUCCUUUCUAUUUAUUGAAAUCCAAUUCAAAAAUCAGGACUGAAGUGUGAGGCUGAUCUCUCUGCUGUGUGUAUUGCCUUUUGGUGUCUACAUUUUUUUCAGAAGACCUGUAAUCUUGAUGCAGUGCUGCUUGACCUGUCCUUGAGAUAUGACUCAACUAUAACACUGAGCUGAAGCUGCAUGUUAGCUGUGCUGUGAGCUAAUUUCCACAAGGGGGAGCUGGUCAAGAUAGAAGGCUGUAGGGAAGGGAAAGAUAUCUCAUACUUGUACCUUGUCUUGAAUGUUUUGUUUUUAUCGGUUCGAUUCCGGCAUGACCCUCUGUCAGUCAUGUUUGACCAGUUAACGCUUUUAAGGAUACAGUGCCCCCAUAUAGUUUUAAAUGAGAAAUGCAUAUGAAGGUGAAAUCCCAUUGGCUUGGACACUGCAUCUUAAAAAGGACAUUUGUAAAGGAAAGAACCCCUCAGAGGUCUGAUCAGCUUUUGAAGCGUUUUGUUUGUCUAAUCAGCCAGUAUACGUGUGUGUAAAUAUCUCUUGAGUGUGUUGGCAUGUCUUGCUACACUCACCUGGUAGGACAUGACAUUGGCUGCAAUGAUUUCAAUUCCCAACUUCUGAGCUGCAUGUGAGAACCAAUGUAAAUAGUCUCAUUUCUACUCUUUACGUAAUCCUCUUUUUGAAAUGCUAAGAAAAGUUCACAGUUUUCAACAAAUCCACCACACCACCUUGUUGGGUUGUACAUUUGAAAAUGUUGAGUUAAAGCACGAAAUUCCGUUUUAUUUUUAUAGGGUGGAAGGGGUUAAAAGUGCACACCACUCAUUCAGAUGUAAUUGUUUUUUACUUCUAUAUUUGGCCAGGUGAAUUCUCUGUGUGUAAAGGGGUUUGAAGGAGCAUCUGACUUUAGCCACUGUUAUCCCUUUCCCUGUGAAAUCAUAAAUAAGGCGUCCAUUGUACUUUUGAAAGAGAAUCUGUAUACGUAACGCUAAAUUUAUCCCGACUAUACAACAACAUAUCUGAUUUGAGAAGGGGAGAAAAAAAUUUUUUUUGGAAAUUCACUUUUCCAGACAGGUUUAACAUUUUGAACUGAAUCCCUUGUCUUCAAGGUGGGUGUGAAUGGACAGAAAAUAUGAAUAAUGAUGUAUGAUGAUUAAAGAUGAACGGCUGUAAACUACAUGGGAUAUUUUAGACUUAUGUGUAUUAUUGUCUUUGGGUUGGAGAAAAUGAUGAUCAAGAGUAUAAAUAAAAAGUCAAACAAAAUUGUU